AUGGAGGCGGUUCAGAUGGUCAAGGGCGUGGAGGAGGCAGAGAAUCAGCUGAGCUAUCUGCGGUCCUCGUCCGCUGUUCAGUGCCAGUUGAAGCGCACCCCGACUGCGCCAGGGUUGGAAGUUCGAAGCGUGGAUGCGGUGUGCGGUGGUGGCAGUCCCAGGCCGACUCCACCCAAAAGCCAAUAG